AAGUCACCUAACUUCAACUGAAGAAAAUGUUCACAUAAUUUCACUCAUAUAAAUGUAAAAUAUCUCCAUAUACGGAGAAACGCUUAUAAUGAUUUGUUUGGUAUUUUACGGUGUGUUGACGGGCCUUCUUGUGGGCUCUGCCCGGGGGUUUCUACCCAACUCUUUCUCAGCCAUCGACAUCAACGACUACACCCACACUGACAUCACAGAGAUUGGCAUUCUUAAGGCAGUGGCGAAGUUUUUCGAGGAGAACCCAGUACAAGCCUGCCGGGAUUGCUCUGCGGGCGCCCUGACCGGCAUUACAGACAUCACCGCUAGGAGGCUGUACGACCAGUACUACGGAGGUGUUGUGAGUGAGAAGCGGUUCCAGGAAGCGAUUGACGACAUCGUGAAACAGAACAAUAAAGUCGACCAGGACCACUAUGCCGAGGCCGCCUGGCACUUUAACGGGGAACAGAUACAGCAGAGUAACAAUAAGAUGCAAACCCUGCGAGACACGCUCCUCUCAAUCCUUAACAACACCAACCCCAACUACGACGCCGCGAGGGAGCUGGUGGGGCAGUACCUCCACCUUCUUCAGAUGUUCUACAGCAACACAAACUGGGUGGAGAUCGCCACCAGUUCUGGGAGCAGCGGCAUCAUCUACAAGCCGCUAGGUAUCGCGGGCCAGUCCAUCAUGGCGGCAGCCCCACCAUCCAUCGACACUUGCAGAUCUUGUGGCUCCUCCCUGAGCACGGACUGUGCCACCAACCUGAUAGUGGCGGCCAACCUUCUCACCAGCGGGUACAAAUCCGGGCAGGACAUCGCUAAACCAGCCAAGGACCCCGCCUCCUUCAGUGAAGGGAAAUGCAGCCACGGCGGUCCUCGUGACGCUAGCUCCACUCUACAGGCAGCCCUUGGCGGCAUCAACAAGGAUUCAAACGACGCCGGCUACUCGCCCCACCAUCACCUCCAUGAUAGGGCCGCUGAGUUGGCUAUUGAACAUACAAGGGUCUUCUUUGAGGAUGAAACGUACGGACUACGGACUCUGGUUGGGGACGACAAGUUCCAGGAUUUGCUGCAGAUCAGGUCCGGCAACUCCCUCGUCUUUGUUAUUGACACUACAGGCUCAAUGGGAAAGGACAUCGCGGCGGUACAGAACAAGACCGCCGAGAUAGUGAGUGAGACAGCGGGGACCCCUAACGCCCCGUACAACUACAUCCUUGUUACCUUCAAUGACCCAGGUAACCAGACCACCGUGCAGAAGACGACCAACCCGGCUGACAUACAGAGGUGGCUCGGGGAGAUCAAGGUCCAUGGUGGGGAUGAUUGUCCCGAGUUCUCUCUCACAGGAAUACAGGCCGCGUCUACAGUGGCAAUGCCAAACUCCAACGUAUUCGUGUUUACUGAUGCCACGCCCAAGGACCCCCAGAAAAUCAACUACAUCACUAGUCUGAUCACCGAGAAGAAACUCCGGGUCCAGUUCCUCAUUACUGGCUCGUGCACCGGCCGCCGAUGAGGGUAGAAGGUACAUCUUCAGAUGGUCACACACAUUUAAUUGUAACUGAUGUGAUUUGAAAUUUGUAAUAAACUAUCAGCUCCUUUGCAAAAA